CAAUCAGAUUUUUAUAUGAUUCAUCAGCAGGUCGUGGGUCAUUACCUGAGUCAGGUUUCAAUAUUCACUUUUCUGUCGUUUCGGAAGUUUUGCUCGUCAUCGUUUUUUCUCGGUUCGCGUUUCGUUUGUUGACCCCGUAGUCCUCGUCGAGAGUCGUAAAAACAAGCCUCCUUCACUCAUUCUUCACUGGCCUCGAGAUUCCGAUAUCGUAGAAAUUAAAAUGUGUGUUCUGUGAUCGUGGCCUGCUGUUGUUAGAACAAACUACCUCGUCUUCUUCACCAGUCGUUGAUAAAGAGCCAUCAUAUAAAAAACUCGAAGUCGAGGGGAACAAUACCAAUGACUUGCUUUUUCCACCACGACGAUGACCUAUACGGUCUACACGGCAACACACCCCGGACCUAUACGGUCUACACGGAACUUGUAAUGCUGAUUUCGCUCAGAAGCAGUCUAUGUCUAAUUGCAUUUAUUAGUACGAGUACGAUGCGAACGCUUUUACACUGGAUAGCGCCUGCUCUGUAAGUAGGCAAGCAAGGGGGUACUUACAGCUACGAGAACUAAGGCGAAAGUUUCGUAGGCACUUCAGUAUUUAUCAAAGGAGGCGCUGCGCUUUUGUGCUGAUGCUGAGCAGCUUCAGCCACGGGGGAUGACGGAUGACAAAAAAAAUGAAUUUUUGUGACGCGCCCGAGUCCUAUUGCUAUUCCUAUUGGUCAGACCCCCGCCCAGUUCUAUCCAGGAGAACUGAACCAUACAUGAAAAAUCAAAGUGAACCACACAUGAAAAAUCAGAGUGGUUUGUCUAGUCGCACCCAACAUGCGUCCGUCAAGCGUUGCACAUUGAGCAAGAUAUUCAGGCGAGUUGGGUAGUUCUUCUCGAUUACUAUUAACGCGGGUGAACUAAUUUUGCUUUUCCAUCAAUUUCAUGACGAAUAUGCUUUAUCAGACUGUGAGCAUAAUAUUACUCGCGCAAUUUUAAUACUCACGCAAUUACGAUUAGGAUUACGAUUUGUAUUUCGAAGACCACUUCUACUUCAAUCCAGCAGUAGCGCGGCACCUCUUUUCACUGCUACUGCACAGUUUUAGGCGAUGAGACCGAGCAGCAUAUAUGAUGAAAAUCAAAACUGUUUCUUACUCUCUUCUGCCAAUGGGCCGCAAGUUGUGCGUUUUCUCUGUUAUUGUUUUUUCGUGCAUUCGAUUGAUUUACAAUAUUGCUUGCCUUUUCCACCUUAUUUGCACUCAUAACUACGUACUUAAGUACUUGCACUGAGUAAAGGUUUUUCCAAAAUUUUGUUCAUGCAGAUCUUAUAGCGUUUUGUAUGAAGAGUAUUUUUAUCAUGACGUAGCAGCUUGUUCCUAUCCACAGCCUUUUGAUUGAAGUAUCUACAUGAAAAAUAAGUAUCUAAAUUUUGUUUACCUUCACGACCUUCAUCUUGAAUGUUCUCUAUUCAAGUGGUUUCUAUUCUAUUCAAGUGGUGGCUAGAAGGGGAAGAUCGAGGUGUCAAUGCGUCGUAGUGGAUGGCCUCUUGUCGUAGGACCAAGAACACGACAUUUCGACCACCCCCUUUUCUCGGGUUUCAUUCGUGAUGAAGUAGAGUGAAGAAGAAAGAAUGUUCGUCUGUCAUGGUUGUCGCAUUGAUUCAACAUUUAUUUUCUCGUGAAUAAGCACUACAUGUACAAGUACAUGCUGCAUCAUCUUGGUCUUUAUACUUCUAUCUUCCGAACACGACGACUACAUCCAGAGCGUUUCUGGUGACAGAAACAACACAUGGCUUCUAUGUAGUAGUCCGAACUAGAAGAGGACGAGUCAUGAUAUUAAGUCGAUCGGGAUUUAUUUUCCUCAGGGAACAACCGGUAGCUGUACCGUACUAGCUCUAGCAAAAAUGAGGAAGCUUUUCAUUGAUCAACACAGCAGGUUCAGGCUCGUCUUCUGACGGAGUAUUUUCAGGUUCAGGUUCAGGUUCGUCUUCUGACGGUUCAGGUUCAGGCGGAGUAUUUUGACAACGACAUACUUACAUUAGCAGCUUUACUACCAUGCGGCAACUACGUGAAGAAAU